AUGGAGAAGGUUACGAAGCCAUACAGCCUCAGCAACCAUGAUCCAUGUGUAACAUCCGGAAUUCCAGCAAAUGAGAAGUUGUUUCCAGCAAGAGGAGGUCAAGGGAGCUGUGGAUCCAGAGUUUUCAAGUUCAGAUCUACGCUGUUGAGGCGAAGGCUAGUGCAGUAUUUCAGAGUUCGAGGUUUACCGAGUUACCCGAGGUACUAGCGAGGAUCGCGGGAAGGCGCCGGCAUGAUCUGUACACACUGAGAGGAUUUAUGUAUUCGAGGAUCUUGGGAUUUGUUUAUUGUGAAACAUGUGAUACUUUGGGUUACUAUGAU